AUGUUUUCGGAAGAGAGCCAGGAUGACGUUUUCAGCGCGACCGUUACUGCGCCGGUGAACAUAGCGGUAAUCAAGUACUGGGGCAAGCGGGACGUCGCUCUUAACCUCCCCACGAACUCGUCCUUCUCGGUCAGCCUGUCGCAAUCCGACCUUUGUACGCGCACCACGGCGUCGUGUUCGCGCUCCUACAGCCACGACGAGCUCAUCCUGAACGAUGAACCCUGCGAGUUCUCAGCCAAGUAUCGCACGUGCAUUGACGAGCUACGCGCUCUCCGCCGGACCCUCGAGGCUGACGACGACGACGACUCGCUCCCGCCGCUGUCGAGCUACGCCGUCCGGAUCGAGACGUGGAACAACUUCCCCACGGCCAGCGGCCUGGCCAGCAGCGCGUCCGGGUUCGCAGCACUGGUUCGCGCGGUCGCGAGUCUGUACGGCCUCCCGACACAGCAGGCGGCGGCGGCCCCGCUUUCUCGGAUCGCGCGGCUGGGCUCGGGGUCGGCAUGCCGCAGCCUCUUCGGCGGCUACGUGGGAUGGCGCAUGGGCGCGCGGCCGGACGGCGCCGACAGCGAGGCGUAUCAGCUGGCCCCGGCGAGCCACUGGCCCGAGAUGCGCAUGCUCGUGCUGGUCAGCCGAGACAGCAAGAAGGACGUCAGCAGCACGCGCGGGAUGCAGGUUACAGUGCAGACCAGCGACAUGUUCGCGUAUCGCGCUGCCAAUCUUGUACCGGAGCGGAUGAGGCAGAUGGAGGAAGCCGUCGCCGCGAGAGACUUUGCCACGUUUGGGCGGCUGGCCAUGAAGGACAGCAAUUCCUUCCACGCACUCUGCCUGGACAGCGAGCCGCCCAUAUUCUACAUGGACGGUUCGUCCCGUGCUGCCGUCACGGUGGUGGGCAGGAUCAACGAAGCGGCUGGGGAGAUUAUCGCGGCCUACACCUUUGACGCUGGUCCAAAUGCCGUCAUCUUUUACCUGCAUCGGAACCGGCACCGCGUGGCCGGUGUUUUCCGAUCGCUUCUGAGCGAAAAGCAGGGGUGGGCUAGUGAGAGAGGUGCGACGAUUCAACCAUCGGCCAUGGAUCUCGACCAUGGAACCGUAUCGAGGCUUCGGAGCGGGGUUAAAAGGGUCAUAUUAACUGCUGUGGGAGAGGGCCCAGUUGACGUAGGGGUCGCGGGUAGGAGAGAACCUUGCGGUCUUUAG